AUGCGUUGUCAUGUGACCAGCUCAUCACGAGCCCAAGCCGCAAAAGGGAACACAUGACUACUCCUUCCGUGAUCUGUGAGUGCAUAAGUAUUGUAGCUGUUUUGUAGGUACCUACGUCCUAAUUCGGACGAAAAAGAUGUAUCAUUUAGUGUUGUCCCUGCUGUUCGGAGCCUUGGGGACUCUCGGCGCACCUGACGUGGAUGAAAUAAAGUUUCUCCCUGGGCUUCAAAAGCAGCCUAACUUCAAACAGUAUUCGGGAUACUUCAAUGUGGCCGGCAACAAACACCUUCACUACUGGUUUGUGGAGUCUCAGAAGGAUCCAGCUUCCAGCCCAGUGGUUCUGUGGCUGAAUGGUGGCCCUGGUUGCAGCUCCCUUGACGGGUUGCUCACAGAACAUGGGCCUUUCUUGAUUCAGAACGAUGGCAUGUCAUUGGAGUACAACCCCUAUUCCUGGAACAUGAUUGCCAACAUGCUGUACCUGGAGUCCCCAGCAGGUGUUGGAUAUUCAUACUCCGACGAUAGCAACUACACCACCAAUGACACUGAGGUGUCCAUGAAUAACUUCCUGGCCUUGAAAGAGUUCUUCAAAGCCUUCCCAGAGUACAUCAAGAAUGAGUUCUUCCUGACGGGUGAGAGCUACGGUGGCAUCUACAUCCCCACCCUGGCAGAGAGAGUGAUGGAGGACGCCAGCAUGAACCUGCAGGGUAUUGCAGUUGGCAAUGGGAUGUCAAGUUAUGAGAUGAACGACAACUCUCUCGUCUACUUUGCUUAUUACCAUGGACUCCUUGGGACAAGUUUGUGGAGUGACUUGCAGGCCUAUUGCUGCGACGGUGGAAAAUGUGACUUCUACAAUAAUCAGAACCCUAACUGCUCCAGCAAUCUUAAUGAGGUGCAGGAUGUUGUCUACAAUUCUGGACUGAACAUCUACAACCUGUAUGCCCCCUGUCCUGGAGGAGUUGGCCAGAGAGUUGGCACUGACAAUGGGCACCUGGUGAUUCGAGAUCUGGGUAACAGUUUCAUUAACCACGAAUGGACUCAACUCUGGAACCAGAAGCUGAAGGGUGUGGCGUCUCUGUACAAGCUUGUGAGGCUAGACCCUCCCUGCACCAAUUCUACCCCGUCUACCUUGUACCUCAACAACCCUUAUGUCAAAGCAGCCCUCCACAUCUCCCCCUCUGCUCUACCCUGGUCGGUAUGCAGCGCUGAGGUGAAUCUGAACUACAACCGGCUGUACAUGGAUAUGAGGAAGCAGUACCUGAAGCUGUUGGGAGCUCUGAAGUACAGAGUGCUGGUGUACAACGGUGACGUAGACAUGGCCUGCAACUUCCUUGGGGACGAGUGGUUCGUGGAGUCUCUCCAUCAGGAGGUCCAGGUGAAGAGGAGGCCUUGGCUCUACUACACCGGCGAGAGUCAGCAGGUGGGCGGUUUCGUCAAGGAGUUCUCCAACUUGGCCUUCCUCACCGUCAAGGGUUCAGGUCACAUGGUCCCCACAGACAAGCCCAUCGCUGCCUUCACCAUGUUCUCUCGUUUCAUCAAGAAACAGCCCUACUGAUCUGUGAACAAAGCCUUUAGCCUGGUCCCAGAUCUGUUUAUGCCUUUUGUCAACCAUGGGAUUUGGCUGGCUAUACAGCAGAAGCUGAUCUGGGACCUGCUGUAUAAUUUGAUUUGCACUAGUUUAUGAUAAAGCACUGGCUUGUAUCCAAAGACCACUGACAUAAUGUUCCAAGUGUUUUGUUAGCCUGAUCCCAGAUCUGUUUAUGCAGAUUCGUCAAUCAUGGUAGUUGGCUGGCUAUACAGCAGAAGCUGAUCUGGGACGAGGGCUAGUGUUUUGUGUUGCGUCUGCUUCAGACAUUUUGAUUCUGCUUCAGACAUUUUGAUUCUGCUGAGAUUGAACUCAAUCUAUUUGUUAAUUAGGAGAAAUGUAAACAUUUUUUAAAUUAUAUUCACUCACAUUGGCUUGAGCUCUUAGCACUAAGUAUGUAUUUAGCAUUCUGUGGUACACAAGGCAAUGGUGGGGUGACGCUUUACUUAAGUGAAAUUCACUUAGUCUCUCAUUGACAUCAAUCGGGGAUGAAGUGGUUCUACCGACCGUUAUAAUGACAAAAUGAAACCUUAGUUGACAAAUUCUUUUUUAUUUUUUUAGUAAUUAGUCAAUCUUAUUAAAGAUUCACUACGCAGAAACCACUUCCUGGUUACUAAAAUUCUAAUGGUUUUGUUUGACGAAAUGUGCAGGUAGUGUAGAUCAUUUUACCAUGUAAACCGCUGAAUUCUUUUCAAUAACCAAAAAUAUUGUUUAGGUUUUGUGCACAAGCUUCAAAGUAAGAUGAAAAAAAUGGAACUUAAGACCAGGAUGUAUAGAAAUAGCGCACAUGGAACUGAUCUAUGCUUCUUAGACUUUUAAUGAGUGACAGAUCUAGAAUGUGAAUUUGGUUGGGUCACCCAAAGUUCAUAUUGCAGCUUUAAGUGGAGGUUCAGCUAUUAAUUAAAUAGGAUUUACCCUUAAUACCGGUAGGGAGUUUCUGUUCACUGUCAGGCAUUCUUGUCUUUUGGAAGAAAACACCUGGAUGUGCUAUAAGUCAUUAAAAUAAAAUCUGAAGUUAUUACUAGUGCCUCAUCACAGAAAUGAUUACUUGUAAUCACUUUGAUCAAAAGGGAACAUGUCUAUGUUUAGCUGUAUUCACAUUGAUUCUGCCAUGGUUUCAUAAUAAAACCUGAUCAACUUUG